AUGCGCGCCGUUUCGCGCGUGCACGUUUGUAUCGCGUGCACGCUAGCUUCAUUCGCGUGCACGCCGGGUCCGCGCGCACGCUAUACACUGCGCAUGCGUCUGGUCCCCAUGAGGCAGUUACAGUUCCUCCUACUCCGGAGUGGCUUCCGGGUUUGUGCCGCGCAUGCGCAGUUAACGAGCGAUGAAUUCGCUCGUUUUGAGCAUGCGCGGAUAGGCGGUGACGUCAGAUAUGACGUCACACGCCUAUUUAAGCGCCAAAGUUGGAUUAAAUUAUUACCUGAUGUCCUCAUUAGGUCUUUAGAGGACCUGUUUUCUUACAGUUCUCAAUUUGAAUUGCGUUUAUAUUUUACUGGAAAAUCUAAGAAG